AUGCCUUACAAGCUAUCAGCCACACUAUCAGCUCAUUCCUCAGAUGUUCGUGCAGUAGCUUCACCAACAGAAAGUAUCAUCCUUUCAGCAUCGCGAGAUUCCACCGCGAUCUCCUGGAAACGACCAUCGCCAACUGUCCCCUUCACUCCUUCAUCUAUCCUGCGAGCUGGGUCAAAAUUUGUCAAUGCUGUACAAUAUAUCUCCCCGUCGCCUGAAGCGCCGCAAGGAUACGCUGUUGUUGGAGGGCAGGAUACGGUCGUCAAUAUUUUUGCCUUGGGUCCAGCACAGAAAGAGGACCCUGAAUAUUCGCUGGUGGGACACACCGAUAAUGUCUGUGCUCUUAAUAUCAGCCAAUCUGGCACCAUCAUCUCUGGGUCAUGGGACAAAACCGCCAAAGUCUGGAAACAAUUCCAGCUGGCGUAUGAUCUGAAGGGGCAUCAGCAAGCAGUUUGGGGAGUCCUUGCCAUUGAUGACGAACAAUUCUUGACCGCUUCGGCGGAUAAAACCAUCAAGUACUGGGUUCAACACAAGAUGAUGCGAACUUAUGAGGGCCAUAAGGACGCGGUUCGUGGCUUGACCCUAAUACCUGACAUAGGCUUUGCCUCAUGUUCCAACGAUAGUGAAAUUAAGGUGUGGACAAUGCAGGGCGAUGUGGUCUACACGCUAUCUGGACACACUUCGUUUGUGUACAGUCUAUCCGUUCUUCCGAAUGGAGGAAUAGUAUCAGGCGGCGAAGAUCGCUCUGUGAGGGUGUGGCAAGACGGUGAAUGUGUGCAAAUGAUUGUUCAUCCGGCGAUUUCUGUUUGGGCUGUAUCCACGAUGCCCAACGGAGAUAUUGUCAGCGGCUGUAGCGAUGGUAUUGUUCGAGUGUUUAGCGAAUCUCAAGAUCGUUGGGCCAGCGCAGCGGAGCUGAAGGAAUUCGAAGAUCAUAUCGCAAGCCAGGCUCUUCCGUCGCAACAAGUGGGCGAUGUCAAGAAAGCUGAUCUUCCUGGUCCAGAUGCAUUGCUCCAUCCAGGUAAGAAACCUGGAGAAGUGAAAAUGAUAAAAAAUGGCGACACCGUUGAGGCGCAUCAGUGGGAUAGUGCAACGUCAAACUGGCAAAAAAUUGGCGAUGUUGUAGAUGCCGUCGGCUCUGGAAGGAAGCAGCUUUUCAAUGGCAAGGAAUAUGACUACGUGUUUGACGUCGAUGUGCAGGAAGGCGCACCUCCAUUGAAACUCCCAUUCAACAACCCAUAUGUGGCUGCUCAACGCUUUUUGGAACAGAAUGAUUUGUCAACGAACUACAUCGACGAAGUUGUUAAGUUCAUAGAAAAGAAUACCUCGGGAGUCAAUUUAGGCGCCAGCAAUGAAUACGUUGAUCCGUACACCGGAGCAUCAAGAUAUCAGGCUGCCGGUACCUCAGCCGUGCCAGCCCCGUCUACGGCUUACAUGGACCCUUUUACGGGUGCAGCUCGGUACAGUGGUGCUCCUAUCCCUACACCUCCAGUUCCUUCGGUGUCGCCUUCAGCACCGAAAAUCAUACCCUAUGCCAAGUUUGUCUCUUUCAAACAAGUUAAUGUAUCAGCAAUGCAAGCAAAGUUGUACCAAUUUGACGAAGCACUACGCAACGAAAUUUCCACCGCAACCCUUGCAAUGUACCCCGAAGAGUUGGAGACCAUUGAAGAAGCCUUCGCUUAUCUUUCCCAAGUCACUUCGACAACUUCCAAACCCUCUCUUCCACCUCUCAGUGGCACUCACGCAGGUGCUAUUAUACAGAUUCUAGAGCGAUGGCCGGCGUCCCAGAGAUUCCCUAUGAUGGACCUAAGCAGAUUGGUAGUUGCAUAUUGCGCGGAUACCUCUGCCCCCGGUGGACGAGAACAAUUUCUUGCAUCCUUGUUCAAGGCAUCUGAUUGGACUGAAGUCCGAUCACAUGGGAAGGCUAUGUCGAAGGCUCAAGAAACGAAUAUUUUGUUACUAUUUCGCACAGUAGCUAAUUGUUUUCAAGAGGGAAGUCCUGUGGAAGAAGGGCAGUGGGUUUUCGAAGCGCUCAGACAUACACCUUACGAACUUCUGACAAAGGUUCAGCGCGUGGCUUUGGCGACCAUCCUUUUCAAUUUCUCCUGUGCCUACCUGACAACGUCCGUCGCUAGAGAGGUGGUAAACCAACACAUUGGAUUAGUCCUUCAGUUGCUACGUUCAAAUACAGAUGACGCAGAGGUUACCUAUCGCACCCUGGUUGCUUUGGGGAACGUGGUUUAUGCCGGGAACAUGCGCGGCAUUUCACUAGAUUCUGCACAAUCUGCAGAAUUGCAAACAGUAAUGUCAGCUCUCCCAACAUUCCCUGACGAUAGAAUCAGGAAUGUGGUCAGCGAGAUCAAGGCACUGCUUUGA